AUGCUGCCUCUGAGCGAGUUUACACGGAAUCCUCGAUGUUAUGGAGCCUACAGUGAAGAUGAUUGAGAGGGUCAUGUACCCAAUCUCUGCAUUUUUCACUUCUAUGCCACCCCAGGAGGCUCUACAUUCUCGGCCGAAUGCGGAACCCUCAGGAGUCACUUCUUGGGAGACAUCGCAAUUAAACCCCAAGAAUCGAGUGGAUAGUUUUACUCCUAUGACACCCUCUCCAUGGCACAUAGAUGGAGCUCAAGCAGAUGGCCAUCGACUAUUCAUACUUCCCGACUUUGCUAUCGGCAAUGCCCCCAUGAGGAUCGACGCCUAUCUUUCUGAUCAAGACGAAUACGACCUACCCACUGCGCUUCGCAAAGUGCUAAGACCUGAACUGGCGAUGUGUGUCAAGAGCAGACAGGUUAGACAUCUCCCUAUGUCUCAACAUAUCUUGAACGCUCUACAAUAUUGGGCGGGCCAGAUGGUGGAUUUUGAGGAAUUGUAUUGGAGCAUGCCUUUUGGGUCCUACCUUGCAGUCGGGUCGAUCUGUGCGGAUGUGAGGGAAAUGGAGUUUCAUUUGAUACCGAGUUAUAAGACUGAAGAGAUGUGGCUAUCAGAGCGGGAUCUUCAGGCGGAAUGGGCGGCUCAUGGGGAAGCUGUUGAACUUCCCGAGGUGGUUGAUAUUUCUGGACUUUGUCUGUGGGAGCAGCCACAUGAGGCUAUAAGUAUUGUUACGAUUCCAAGCCUCACUGGGGAGAAGAGAUGGGUCUUCAAGUCAAUUUUGGAUGAAGUCAAGUACAUGUAUCAUGAACUCUGGAUGCUGUGUAAGAUAGCACCUCAUCCCAACAUCGUUCAGAGGCCGGCAUAUAUUGUAACCAAACAAAGUCGUUUUGGUGGAAAGAAGGGGGUUUGCGGUUUUAUCAUCGAGUAUUACAAGUUCGGAACACUUCGCGACGCACUUUCAUCAGCGAGUCUUGGCCUGCGGCCUCCACCUUCUUUGAAAGAAAAGCUGCGUUGGACACGAGGAAUUGUGGAAGGCAUCAUUCACAUCAAUCAUGACUGCAAUAACUAUUUCUCCGGCAUCAAACAUGUCAAUAUCGUCAUGUUAGAGUCCAAUAAAGGCAGCGGUCUCCACCCUGUAAUUAUCGAUUUCGAACAACGAACAGGCCGAUACCCAUGGGUACCACCUGAGAUCUACUACAUCAACUACCUAGAGUACAUCUCAAACUCCAGCUUCACUCCACCCGAGAUGCGUACCCGAGCCACUGCGCUUCUUCAAAGCUACAUCCCAGACUGGAAACCAGACAAGCAGAAACAAAAACUGUACAAAUUUUGUAAAGAGGGGUAUUCGACAGCCUGGAAGGCGUUAUCGAGGGAAGAGAAGGAAAGCGCGCAGGUUUUCAUGCUGGGCAAGCUAAUGUGGUAUAUCUUCGAGACAGUAGGUGCGAUCAACAACGGGCUUAAUCUCGAAAUAUUCAGAGAAGAAGACUGCGACAUUGCGUUCCCAGAAUUCAGGCAGACGCCCCAGAGGAUCCAGGAUUAUAUCCGGCGUUGUACGGCUGGUGCUGCGGAAUGGUCCGGAAGAUACCCCAGUGUGGUGAAAGCAAGAGGGAAGCUGUGGCCGCGAGGGAGGUCCGGGGAGAAUGGUGAGGAGGAGGGGACAGAGAGAGAGGUGCUGGAGGUGGCGAAAGAGUGGUGGGUGAGAGAGUUGAGGGAGGCGGAGAGGUUUAUUGUGGUAAGGAAGAGGAUGGGGGUUAUGAGUACGAGAUUAGCGGGGGAUGUGGGGUUCUUGGCGUUUAUGAAGGCUAGGCCUUCGUUGGGUGAGUUGCUUGAUAUGAUUAAAUUGGAGGAGAUCGAGCUUGAGAUGGAAAGGUUAUAAGACGGCCAUGCGGAAGACCACCAAAGUAGUACCUUUCUCAAUGCCAAGAACAAGUUAUUAUACUCAAUGCUUGAUAUAAAU